AUGGACUGGCUCCUCGAUGGGUCAUUGCUGAGUAAUAGUGAGACCGAUCUCGCCAACGUCUUUGAAUAUGAGCCAAGAUCUGUCAAAGUUGUCCAAUUAGACGACGAAGAUGGGGUAAGAGACCUUGACCAAAGCUACAAGCCCAAGAUCACUGUCGUGACCUCCAUGGCAUGGGAUGGCGACUUAGCUCUUUCGGUAACACACCUAUCAAAGACAGGUUCGACGAACGCUAUCGUCUUCGGCACCACUGCUGAAAUAGAGGAUGAGAUUAUUGACAGACUCUACUGCUCAUCCAGCGCCUUGUCACACCCAUUCCUACUUCCGGGAAUCUUCACUGAGCUAGAGAGAGAGAGACAGCUAAAGCGGCUCGUUGAGGAUACUCAAGGCGAGCUGGAAAAGGCUACAUACUACUUGGGUUCCGAUGAGGGAAGCGAAAGUGACCAGGCUGCUACCCAGCCAAUCAUUGACCUUUGGCUUAACACCACGGAGCUCCGAAAUGGCCUGUUCAACUGGAAGACACAGGUGGAAGAGAUGCUACUUCAUAUCGAAGGAAUGGCCGAGAGUUACUCAACAUCAAACGUCAUGGAUGGACGUUCGGCAUUUGCUUGUGCCGAUACCAAAGCAGAUCUAAAGCGGAAGCAAGCAAAAGUGAAUUCUAUGAUCAGAAACCGACUGAGGUCGAUAAUAAACGAUUGUCAAAGUUCAAAAGUUCUGACUGGAAUUUCUCACGUUCGAGCCCUAGUUGUAGACAAGGCGUGGAAUGAGAAGCGUCCGUCAGCAGACCUGACGGAAGUAGAUAAAGUACUUGCUACAGUCACUACAAUGGAACAAAUGACCGUCUCCAAAUGCAAUCAAACCCAAAAUGUCUGCAGUUGCCUCAUCUUAAAGGCGUCUGGACACUUGUGUAUACUUCACCGAGUCGGCUCAGUCUCAGAUCAUUCGACAUUCUACUGA